AUGGACUGCUUCACUUCAGUUCAGUGGAAGGAUGUGUGUGUGGGAGAUGUUCUGCGGCUCCACAAAGACCAGACCGUGCCGGCUGACCUUCUCCUACUGACCACAACCGAGCCCCACAGCCUGUGCUACAUAGAGACGUCCGACAUCGACGGGGAGACUAACCUCAAGAUCCGACAGGCGCUGGCCGUGACCCACCAAGAGUUAAGCUCGGAUCCUAUAGAGCCCAGUCUGCUGGCUUUUGAUGGCCAAGUCUGGUGUGAAGAGCCUAACAGCCACCUGCACUCUUUCAAGGGAGUGCUGGAAUGGAGAGACAUGCGGCACCUGCUGGACACUGGGCAUAUAUUACUGCGAGGGACCGUGCUUCGCAACACCAGAGUUGCAUACGGCUUGACCAUAUACACCGGCUUAGACAGUAAAAUCCUUCAGAACUGUGGUCAGACUGCAGUGAAAACCACGCAGGUGGAGAGGACCCUCAACAAGGUCGUGGUUGGGAUCGUGCUGCUGGUGCUGCUGUUCGCACUGCUCCUGGCUGUGGGUGCUGGAAUAUUUGAGGCCCGUGUUGCCCCCGGCAUUGAGGCGCUGGCUGAGCUGGGGGGGCGCUACACCCCUGUCUACAAAGUUUUCCUCACAUUCUGGGGCUACAUCAUCCUGCUGAGUCCCUCCAUGCCCAUGUCCCUGUACAUCACGUUUGAGCUAGUCCACGUAAUCCACAGCUUGUUUAUUGGCUGGGAUCUGGACCUGUAUGAUGGGGGAGUCGAUGUGCCGGCCCACGCUCGGAGCACGACGCUCAACGAGGAGCUGGGCCAGGUGCGAUACCUCCUUAGCGACAAGACGGGGACCCUCACCGAGAACCGGCUCAUCUUCCGUCAGUGCUGCGUCGCCGGGGUUCUCUACGGAAACAUGCCAGAUAAGGCAAAGAAACAUGAUCCCCUGGACCUGAGCUGGAACCCCUUCUCAUGUGGAGGGCUGCAAUUCUCAGACAAGCGACUGGUAGAUACGCUGCGGAAACCCGGCUCCCCAGAUGUGCGGGAGUUCUUCAAGGCGCUGGCGCUGUGCCACACGGUCAUGGCAGAGUGGAAGGAUGCCGGCGUGUCUGAGGAAGCUUCUGCCGGCGCAGGGGCUCCGGUGUACCAGGCGGCGUCCCCCGACGAGGAGACCCUGGUGGGGGCCGCCCGCGAGCUGGGAUGGGUGUUUUUGUCGAGGACACGCGACUCCAUGACGCUGAGCGAGCUGGGACACAGGCGACAGUAUCAGCUCCUGGCGCUACUCGACUUCACCAGCCAGAGGCGCCGUAUGUCAGUGCUCGUGCGAGACCCUGAGGGGGAGCUGAAGUUGUACUGUAAGGGCGCUGACAUUGUCAUCCUCGAGAGGCUGAGGAAGGACAGUACGUACUGCGAGAGCACAGAAAAAGCGUUGGAAGUCUUCUCGCAGGGCUGCCUGAGGACGCUGUGCGUGGCGGUGCGCUCCGUGCAGGAGGGAUUAUGGGAAGAGUGGAGCCGUGCCCUGGAACUGGCUGCCAUGACGACGGGCGCGUCGGACGACCUGUAUGACAACAUGGAAAGGGAGUUAACUCUGUUGGGGGUCACCGCCAUCGAGGACCAGCUGCAGGUGGGGGUCCCAGAGACCAUCGCCACUCUCCGGCAGGCUGGCAUCAAGGUGUGGGUGCUGACGGGUGACAAGAAAGAAACCGCGGUGAACGUCGGCUUCGCCUGCAGGCUGCUGGACCCGGGCACCCGACUACUGCAAGGAGAGGAGCUGAGACAGCUGCUGCAAACUCCCAGCCCGGAAAUCCCCCUGGACGGAGGCCAUGGGAAGGGCAAAGGAGCCGGGAACAGGACAAGCGCGAUGGUCAUCACUGGGCCUGAACUGGUGGAGUUUGAGGAGCAACCGGAGUUGGGCAAGCGCUUCAUCGCCCUCUCCAGGCAGUGCCAGGCGGUGCUGUGUUGUCGGACGACACCAAGCCAGAAGGCAGGAGUGGUCCAGCUCAUCAGGAAGUACACCUCGUCCAUCACCAUGGCGAUUGGAGAUGGUGCCAACGAUGUAAACAUGAUUAAGACGGCUCAUAUUGGUGUUGGUCUGAAUGGAUUGGAGGGCGGCCAGGCGGUACAGAAUGCUGACUUCUCAUUGGCCAAGUUCCACUUCCUGCGCAAGCUGCUGCUCGUUCACGGACGCUGGUCAUACCGGCGCAUCAGUGUCUUCCUGCGCUACUUCCUGUACAAGACCAGCUCCUUCGCCUUCGUGCACGUCUGGUUCGCGUUUUGUAACGGCUUCAGUGGACAGCCUAUGUAUGAGACCUGGUUCAUCACACUCUACACCGUCCUGUACACAUCCUUCCCUGUGCAGUGCCUCGCUGUGUUUGAGCAGGAUGUGAGCGCGGAGGGCAGCCUCCGUUGGCCGUCACUGUACCAGCUGGGGGUCGGGCGGCAGCUCUUCAACCCCCGACUGCUGGCUGGGACCUUCCUCUAUUCCAUCUACACCUCGCUGGUCCUCUUCUUCCUCCCCCUGAGUGUCUUCUGCUUCUCGGCCAUCGAUUUUCAGACGUUUUCCAUCACCGUGGCCACAGCGUCCGUGUUCACCAGCACGACUGAGCUCAUCCUCCAGACUGGCUACUGGACCAUGUUCAAUGUGGCAGCAAUAGUUUUCAGCAUGUCUAUGUAUUUCCUGGCGACGCUGAUCCUCCACAGCCCUUUGCUCCAUACGAUUGCGCCGGCCGACUUUUACUUCUUAGGGGCUUUUCAGAACGCCUUUGCCAGCCCCUUGGUAUGGCUGACUGUGCUGCUGACCACCUGCACGGCUGUGCUGCCCUCUCUGGCCGCCCGCGCUCUGCUCCUGGUCCUGAACCCUCCCGACACACAUCGAGUGCACAGCUCAGACGGCGCCAUCCAGACGGAGCGACACCUGGAGCUGCGGCCGGCCUUCAGACGCGGCCACGUCCGCCGCCGCUCUUCUUACGCCAUGUCGCAGGGCCCUGGAUUCGGCUGGCUCAUCACCUCUGGCGUCGCACUUGACAAAACCUCCGCGACCCAGAGUGACAGAGUGGAUAUCAACAAGAUCGAGAUGGACUUUGCCACCAAGAUGCAAAUGCAUGUUCCUCAGGCUGACCACAGCCAAGAGAGCGCAGGAUGUGGUCAGACAGAGUUGACAGCAGAUGCAGUUGAUCUCUGAGUGCAUCUUUCCGCAGCCCGAUGUCAUUCAGAAGUAAUUACUCUGAAUAUUACUGUGGUAUUGCGCUGCUGUCUAUGCCAGCUUUCAUACAGGUUUCAUCCAUCCAUCCAUCCAUCCAUCUUCUAUACCUUCUUGUCCUAUGCAGGGUCGUGGGGGUCACAGAAGCUACGGGCACAAUGCAGGGAAUAACCCAGGAUUGGGUAUCAACCAUCUCAGGGCAUGUACACACACCAUGCACACACACCCUGCACACACACACCCUGCACACACACACCCUGCGCACACACACCCUGCACACACACACCCUGCACACACACCCUGCACACACACUUUUCGAUACACAAAUAUUUCUUUGAUAAACAUUAAAGGAACCCCCCCACACCCAAAUCUAAAAAUAUAUUUGAGGGAUUCCCCACCUGGUGUAAAAAUAUUAAAGGACCCCCCUUUCCCCCCCCGCCCUUCCCUAGCCCAUCCUUAGUUCGUAGUGAACA